UUCCAUGUUCGUAUAGUAUUUGAUUUUCUAAUGAAAUGUGUGAACCUCUUUUGACAAAUGCAUACUUACAGUGAUUUAAGCCAUAUAAAUAUCUAUAUAUAUAUAUACACACAUAUAUAUAGGCUUCCUUGUUCCUGUAGAGAGAUGCCUAUAUAGUCCUCUUGAAGUAGAAAACGCACAAUAUCACACAGAGUUAAUUAAGGUUCGGUUUUGUGUAACACCACCAUGUUGUUCUUAUUGAACCCUUUAUUUUACUCUCUUCUUCUCUUGUUCUUCUCCUUGCUCUUCCUUUACUUACGGUUGUUCACUACAAAAACGACAGCAAAUCAACCACCAUCUCCACCAAAGCUCCCGAUCAUCGGAAACCUCCACCAACUUGGCUUGUUCCCUCACCGCUCCCUCCGGUCAUUAGCUCAACGAUAUGGCCCCCUCAUGCUGCUCCACUUUGGCAGCAAGCCGGUUCUCAUCGUCUCCUCCGCUGAUGCAGCUCGCGAGAUCAUGAAAACCUAUGAUCUCAUCUUCUCAAACCGGCCUAAAUCGAGCAUAGCUGGUAAACUUCUCUAUAGUAAGGACGUGGCGUUCGCUCCUUAUGGCGAGUAUUGGAGGCAGGUGAAAAGCAUUUGUGUGAUACACCUUCUAAGUAACAAGAGGGUUGAGUCCUUUCGCGCUAUCAGAGAAGAAGAAACAGCCCUAAUGAUCAAGAAGAUUGAAGAGUGCUCUUCUUCUUCUUCGUGUUGUUCACCGGUGAAUUUGAGCGAAAUGUUUCUUUCGCUUACAAAUGAUGUAGUGUGUCGCGUAGCCUUGGGAAGGAAGUACAGUGGAAGGGAAGGUGCUAAAAAGUUUAAGGUGUUGUUGGGGGAGUUUUUGGAGUUAUUGGGUACUUUCAGUGUGGGAGACUAUAUUCCAUGGCUUUCGUGGCUAAAUCGAGUGAAUGGUUUGGAUGCUAAAGUUGAGAAAGUGGCUAAAGAGCUCGAUGAAUUUCUGGAGGGUGUGGUUGAAGAGCAUUUGGAUAGUCAGAAAAGAAGGAACAAUGGAGGUGGGAAAGUUGAUCAAGAUAAAGACCAACAGGACUUUGUUGAUGUCUUGCUCGAAUUUCAAAGACACGACAUGGAUAACUAUUCUCUUCAUAGAGAUAGCAUUAAAGCUGUCAUCUUGGAUGUGUUUGCUGCUGGAACUGAUACUACAUACACAGCUCUAGAAUGGGCAAUGACGGAGCUGUUAAGACACCCGAAAGUCAUGAAGGAACUCCAGAAUGAGGUGCGAGGAAUAGCCAAAGGUAAACAGGAGAUAGCCGAGGAUGACCUUGAAAAAAUGCACUACUUGAAAGCAGUGAUGAAGGAGUCUAUGCGAUUACAUCCACCGAUCCCAUUGCUGGUUCCCCGAGAAUCAACCAAAGAUGUCAAAGUAAUGGGCUACGACAUUGCAGCUGGAACACAAGUGAUUAUCAACGCUUCAACAAUUGGCAAGGACCCAUUGUUGUGGGAAGAAGCUGAGAGUUUUAGGCCAGAGAGGUUCUUGAAUACUUCGAUAGAUUUUCAAGGGCAUGACUUCCAAUUAAUUCCAUUCGGAGCUGGCAGGAGGGGUUGUCCGGCAAUCCUAUUCGCCGCGAUUGUGAAUGAGCUUGCGUUAGCAAACCUUGUGUAUAAGUUUGAUUUUGCACAGCCUGGUGAAGCAAGAGGCCAGGUUUUGGACAUGACUGAAACCUCAAGUUUGACCGUCCACAAAAAAUAUCCUCUACUUGUUGUCACAACCACGUAUUCUUUCUAGUCAUGUACUAGUACAUGUGAUACUAGAUAAACAUAAAUGUGUGGUUUUGUUAAGCUCUUGUAGUUGUGUUCUUGUAAUAAAACCUCCUUUGCAUUUAAGCAACAUUUUAUGGA